CAUGCCGCAGCUGGACUCGGGCGGGGGCGGCGCGGGCGCAGGCGACGACCUCGGCGCGCCUGACGAGCUGCUGGCUUUCCAAGACGAAGGCGAGGAACAGGACGAUAAGAAUCGCGACAGUGCUGUGGGCCCCGAGCGGGACCUGGCGGAGCUCAAGUCCUCACUGGUGAAUGAGUCCGAAGGCGCGGCCGCAGGCGCUGGGGUCCCGGGUCCCGGCGUCCGAGUACAUGGAGAAGCCGAGGGAGCGCCCGAGGCCCUGGGACGGGAGCACACUUCGCAGAGACUUUUCCCGGACAAACUUCCAGAGUCCCUAGAGGACGGCCUGAAGGCCCCGGAGUGUGCCAGUGGCAUGUACAAAGAGACUGUCUACUCUGCCUUCAAUCUGCUCAUGCCCUACCCACCGGCCUCGGGAGCAGGGCAGCAUCCGCAGCCUCAACCCCCGCUGCAUAACAAGCCCGGCCAGCCCCCACAUGGCGUCCCCCAGCUUUCUCCACUCUACGAACAUUUCAGCAGUCCACACCCCACCCCUGCACCAGCGGACAUCAGCCAGAAGCAAGGAGUUCACAGGCCGCUGCAGACCCCCGAUCUCUCCGGAUUUUAUUCUCUGACCUCAGGCAGCAUGGGACAGCUCCCCCAUACUGUGAGCUGGCCCAGCCCUCCUCUCUACCCCCUGUCCCCUUCCUGCGGAUAUAGACAGCACUUCCCUGCCCCCACUGCAGCCCCUGGCGCCCCCUAUCCCAGGUUCACCCACCCAUCCUUGAUGCUGGGAUCUGGUGUACCUGGACACCCAGCAGCCAUCCCUCACCCGGCCAUUGUGCCCUCCUCAGGGAAGCAGGAGCUGCAGCCAUAUGAUAGAAACCUGAAAACACAGGCAGAACCCAAGGCGGAGAAGGAGGCUAAGAAGCCAGUCAUCAAGAAACCCCUCAAUGCUUUCAUGCUUUACAUGAAGGAGAUGAGAGCCAAGGUCAUUGCCGAGUGCACACUCAAGGAGAGCGCUGCCAUCAACCAGAUCCUGGGUCGCAGGUGGCAUGCACUAUCUCGAGAAGAGCAGGCCAAGUACUAUGAACUGGCCCGCAAGGAAAGGCAGCUGCACAUGCAGCUAUACCCAGGCUGGUCCGCGCGGGAUAACUACGGAAAGAAGAAGAGGCGGUCAAGGGAAAAGCAUCAAGAAUCCACCACAGACCCUGGCUCGCCUAAGAAAUGUCGUGCUCGCUUUGGCCUCAACCAGCAGACGGAUUGGUGUGGUCCGUGCAGGAGGAAAAAGAAAUGCAUUCGGUACUUACCCGGAGAAGGCCGCUGCCCCAGCCCCGUUCCUUCCGAUGACAGUGCUCUAGGCUGUCCCCGGUCCCCAGCUCCCCAGGACUCACCCUCGUAUCUUCUGUUGCCCUCCUUCCCCACAGAACUGCUUGCUAGCCCAGUGGAGCCAGCACCAACAUUCUCAGGUCGCUCUGCAGCUCUCACUCUUCCAGCCCCUAAGUCUCCAAAGACCCCCCACAGCACCCUCCAGAAUCCACAGAUACAGCAACAAGAAUCUCAGAGACAGGCAGCCUAACAACCUUGGUUGCUAGGCACAGAACACCUGGCUUGCUCCAGGGGCCCACCCCUAACUCAGGAGGAGGCAACAUGACCAGCUCCCAUGGAACCAGCUAGGGGUCCUCUUAAGGUGAUGAAGAUUUCAAAGGCUGCACAACUCCCUGAACCAGGGGCCAUCAAUUCGAGAGGUGGGGGAUUAGAUCUAUGUAGCUGUGUCAUCUUAAGGGGAUCCUGCUGCCUCUGACAGCCAUAUCUCUUGUUAUUGCUGGCUGGACCUCCCUAUUGGCCUAGGAGGUUUUGUUUUGCUGUAGGUCAGAUGGGUUGGACUGAUCUCUUCAGCUGCCUACCCUACAAAUGCUUCUCCUGCCCUCUGCCACACCCUCCCCAUGCCAAUACUUCUUGGACCAAGAGUACCUGGUUUGUCACACAAAAUACAUCUGUGGUCAACCAGCCACAAGUCUAAACAAUAACGCUUCUCUCUUAAACCGAGAAGUUCUGUUUACAAAAACCAGCUGCUGUUCAUAAGCUGGGCCGGAGGAAGCGUCUCCCUGUGUUCUCAGGCGCUUGCAAGAGGAGGGACUAGGAUACAUUUAGGCCUUUCAACCUUGGCACCAACUACCUACUGGUGGGCAAUAGUCAGCUUUCAUUUCAAUCUUUCCCAAGAAGCUCACCAGCAUUAAAAACUACAGUCAAUAAAUUAAAGUUGGCCUAAAUCCAGUGUGCACCCUUCCUAUCAGGCUCUUCCCAGUUCCAUUUCCAGCUCAUCUGAGUCAGCUCCUGGGCAACUGUGAGAGGGCAGACCCCAAACCCUCAACAGCCAGAGCCUAUCUUUCAGCAUUGAGAACCGGCCAGCUUCAGUUUCUCUGUGGGGCUGCAGGAAGACAUGUUACUACUAAAAGCAAGGAACCCAUAAAACCUCUCUGGGGUGGACAUGGUUCCUUGCCACAUUCUAGAAACUCUUUUUGAGCCAAACUUAACCCUGAGCCUUGAAAAACAAGUUUUUUGUUUGUUUGUUGUAACUUUUUUUUUUUUUUCAUUCUCGCUGUAGAUAGCCUGAAUCCAAAGAAAACAAAAAGGGGUUAUCCAAGUAUUCCACACAAAAACAAAACAAAAUACCCUUUAGUUCCUACUUUAGUCACUCAUUUCUCAAUCCAAAGAUCAUGUUUCUACCGUAGUGUUGAAAGUCUUGAGAAAGUCUGGCCAAGUGUGGUAGUGUGCACCUAUAACCCCAGCACUUGCGAGACAGAGGCAGGGGGACCUCUGUGAAUUCCAGGACAACCAGGGCUGUAUAGAAGACCUUUUCUCAAAAAGAAAAACUUGUAUCCCAAAUAUUUUUGUAUUGUAAUGCAUUACCAUAGAAAAGCUUUUUUAACAAUGAGAAUAAAGAAUCUUUUUACUUGGUUUU